AAAAAAAAAAAAACGAAGAAAACAGUAACAAUUGAAUUGUGUGAUUUGCGGUGUGUGAGUGUGUAAGCUAAUGAACAAAGCAUGAGGAAUUGGAUGAGCAUGGCGAUGGGUACAGUAUCAAACUCCACACUUUUUCUAUCCUUUGCAUCACCCAUUCACAAAACCAUAAUCCCCUUUUCUCUCACCAAAACGUCGCCGUAUCUCAUUUCUCGGCGCACCUUUUCUGUUUCCUCCCUUCCUUCUCUCUCCGCCGACAGCAACUUCAACUUCUCUCAUUCUGGAGAUGGAAAUGGCGUUGCAGUUUCAACGAGAAGUUCGAAAGUGCUUCUUAAAGGGAUGACUUACCCUGAACUUGAAAAAUGGGUUCAAUCACAUGGAUACAGACCAGGGCAGGCCAUGAUGUUAUGGAAGCGUAUGUAUGGAAAUGACAUUUGGGCGCAUCAGAUUGAUGAGUUGGAAGGUUUGAACAAAGAUUUCAAGAAGAUGUUGAGUGAAAAAGCAGAUUUCAAGGCACUUGCGGUGAAAGAUAUUCACACAGCGAGUGAUGGAACUAGGAAGAUUUUGUUUACGUUAGAUGAUGGGAUGGUCAUAGAAACAGUCAUCAUACCUUGUGAUAGAGGCAGGACUACUGUGUGUGUUUCCAGUCAAGUUGGAUGUGCCAUGAAUUGUCAAUUUUGCUAUACUGGAAGAAUGGGUCUUAAGAGACAUCUUACUGCUGCAGAAAUAGUCGAGCAGACCGUUUUUGCCAGACGGCUAUUCACAAGUGAAGUUGGUUCCAUCACCAAUGUUGUAUUUAUGGGCAUGGGGGAACCACUUCAAAACAUUGAUAAUGUCAUUAAAGCUGCAGAUAUUAUGGUGGAUGAGCAAGGGCUUCAUUUCAGCCCCCGCAAGGUCACUGUUUCAACCAGUGGACUUGUUCCGCAGCUCAAACGUUUCCUCCACGAAUCCAACUGUGCGUUGGCUGUUAGUUUGAACGCAACAACCGAUGAGGUAAGAAACUGGAUCAUGCCUAUAAAUCGAAAGUAUAAACUGGACUUGCUUCUUGAGACACUUCGGGAGGAGCUUUGCUUGAAACACAACUAUAAGGUUCUAUUUGAGUAUGUGAUGCUUGAAGGUAUUAAUGACAGCAAUGAAGACGCAGAGAGGCUUAUCAAGCUUGUGAAGGGCAUCCCUUGCAAGAUCAAUCUCAUCACAUUCAAUCCGCAUAGUGGAUCCUUCUUCAGACCAACAAAAGAGGAAAGGAUAAUUGAAUUCAGAAAUUUGCUAGCUGAGGGAGGAUGCAGAGUCUUUUUAAGACCCAGUAGAGGCGAUGAUCAGAUGGCUGCGUGCGGUCAGUUAGGCAAGCCCGGCACCAUUCAAGCUCCGUUGCUCCGUGUACCUGAGCAAUUCCAAAUGGCAGUUGGAAGUUCAAUGUGAUUCUUUUCAGCUACAAAUUUGUUUAGCAGUUGUUAGUGAGCUUCCAUAAGGCACUUGUGACUUCAUAUUGAAAAUGGGAUGGAAUGAAGUGUCCAUGGUUGACAGCAUACUGAGAAUACAGGACCUGACAGGUUAACAAGGUUAUAUGUUCAUUUCCAUAUUGCACCUCUCCACUUCACAAUUAGUUGUUGAUUUUAUAAACGUGAAGGGCUCAAAUUUCUGAUGUUGGUGGAUUUUAACAUGAAAUGACCAGAAAGGAGCAUUAUGUUUAAUUAUUAUUUAUAUCACGUUUUAAUCCAUAGUUUAGUUCCUUUUAAUUUUAUAUUUGAAGAAAUAUUGGGAAACUUAUGUGGAUUGCUUCAAUUUAAAAGUUGCUAAUGUUAUUAACUUAUGUUCAAGUA